AUGGCGACAAAUUUAGAUCUUGCCGGCAUCCACACUCAAGAUUUUGUUCAAACAUCCGUUAACCCAGAUGGAUUAAAGAACGAUUACUUGAAAAUCUGUAAAGAAGCAAAUAUGCGGCCAACAAAAUUUAUCGAAAUGUCCAUGAGAACUGCUAACGAAGAGUAUACACUGAAUCCUACAAACUUACUUCAUCUAACUAUGAAAGGCAAUAAUCCUCUAAUACAGCAGCAACGCUUAGAUGAUGAUGAUGCCAACAUGAUCUGCAGGACAAUGAAGGUGAAUUUUCAUGUUGCAACCUUAAAUUUGGCUUAUAAUAACAUAUCUGACGAGGGUGCAAAGUGUAUUGGAAAACUACUGGAAAAUCAUCCUCUACGACUUUUAAAUCUUUCAUAUUGCGAUAUCGGCCCAGCUGGUGGAGAAUACAUUGCUAAAGGAAUUCAGAUGACCGAAACACUUACAGUUCUUGAUCUCAGUGGAAACAAGCUGAAAAGUAAAGGAGUUCUAGCUAUUGCAGGAGCUUUACAGGUCAAUUUAUCAGUAAAAGAAUUAUAUUUGGCCAAUACAGAUAUGAAAACUGAAUGUGUCGUAGCUAUAGCGACUGUUCUACGACAAAACAAUAUUGUACAGAUCCUUAAUAUCGAUAGGCCAUUGCUAUUCAGCCAACAAGAAGAGACUACAGUCCACAUUGCUAACAUGUUGAAGGUAAAUAGCUCGCUGCGGAAAUUACAUCUAUCAAAGCAUGAUAUUCGUGAUUUUGGCGCUGAAAGACUCGUAGAAGCAUUAAUUUAUAAUACUGCUUUAGAAGAAUUGGAUCUAAGCUGUAAUCGCAUUACUCGAGAUGGUGCCGGUCAUAUCUCCAAGUUGUUGCUACAAAAUACUCCAUUAAAGCACCUUAAUUUGGAUUUUAAUAGAAUAGAAAGUGAUGGAGCAAUUCACCUUAGUAGAGUUUUAUCAUUUAAUACACAUUUACAAAGCUUACAUAUAGCAAGCAAUUGUAUUAGUGGAUCCGGAUUGUGUGCUAUUGCUGAUUCAUUAUCCAAAAAUCAAACACUUAUGGGCCUCUAUGUUUGGGGAAAUAAUUUAGAAAAUUCUGCCUGUGUUGCUUUCCAGGAGUUAAUGGAAGAUGACCCACCCAGGUUAAAGGAAGAGUUUACCGACGUUAAGCCUUACGUGGUUGACGGAAUAGUAUAUCUAGCUGAAUUGAAUCAUUAA